AUGCUGCGGCGGCUUCUCCCUCAAGACAAUCUCAGGACAGCCGUUCGUCAGGUCUCUUCGAAAUACCAGAAGCCAAAGCCCCGUUCCUACAAACGACGAUGGUUCGAAGCAGCCGUUCAGCCCGUAUUUCCACAAGAGCUCAAGUCGUGUACCCCGCCCGCACUGCUCCAUCAGAGGAAUGUGGAAAAUAGUCGACAGUACAUGGACUUUGAGGUAGCACUUGCGCAACAUGUCAAAAACUGGAUGCAGCGAGAACAAUUCCGAGUGCUUGUCGUUUGCCAACAACUCCCUGUGCCAGGCCGCACUCUUUGGUUUGCGAAGAAUCAGUGGCGGUUGAAGGGCAUCGAGCACAAAGUCUACGGCAGCAAAAUUAUGAGAAAGGUUUUCGAAGGCACGCCGCUGGAUUCGCUCGACAUCGCGUUUGCCGGGUCGACGUCAUACUUGUUUGGAAAAGAUUUCUCCACUCUGAAGCACGUUGUGGCCGAAACGGAGAAGCUAAAUUGGAUCGUUCCUCUGCUCUACUUCGCUGAUGGAAAGAUUUUGUCGGCGGCCGAUGUCAAGGAGUUGGCGCAACUGGCCGACCUGGAGCACGUGCGAGCGCAGACGGUUUCUAUCCUCACGCAGCCGGCUUCUUCAUUAACCAACACUUUUGACCGGGUUGCGCGUCAAACCACCUUUACACUAGAUAGCUAUGAGCAUGCCUUGAAAACCGAA